GAAAGUCGGCUCCGCUCCGCUCCAAUCCCGGAAGUCCGCGCGGCCCCGCCCCUGCCGGUUCGCGUCUCUCUGCUGCCGCGCGGGGACCGCUGUGCUCUCGGUAGGCGGCUGGGCUGGGUGGGCUCCGCACUUCCUUCCCGCUCCGUGCCGCGCGUCCCGGCACCCUGGGGCCCACUCCGGACGGGGUUUGCGUCCUGGACCGGCUUGUCGGCUGCUCCGUGUCCCGCCCUGCCCGUCGCGGGCGGCCUCGCGGCUGUUCCGCUGCAGGUUGGCCACGGCGGCGGGAGCGCCCUCGACCCGGACAAAGAAACGAGCGCUCGGCCCCUCUUCCUGUAGAGACUGGUGCUGCCUUCUCGGGAUGUACCUGCAGGUGGAGACCCGCACCAGCUCCCGCCUCCAUCUGAAGAGGGCUCCAGGCAUCCGGUCCUGGUCCCUGCUGGUUGGAAUCUUGUCAAUUGGCCUGGCUGCUGCCUACUACAGUGGAGAUAGCCUGGGCUGGAAGCUCUUCUACGUCACAGGCUGCCUGUUUGUGGCCGUGCAGAACCUGGAGGACUGGGAGGAAGCCAUCUUUGACAAGAGCACAGGGAAGGUUGUUUUGAAGACGUUCAGCCUCUACAAGAAGCUGCUGACUCUUUUCAGAGCAGGCCAUGACCAGGUGGUGGUCCUGCUGCAUGAUGUCCGCGAUGUGAGCGUGGAGGAGGAGAAGGUCCGGUACUUCGGGAAGGGCUACAUGGUGGUGCUCCGGCUUGCGACGGGCUUCUCCCACCCCCUCACGCAGAGUGCAGUCAUGGGCCACCGCAGUGAUGUGGAAGCCAUCGCCAAGCUCAUCACCAGCUUCCUAGAGCUGCACUGCCUCGAAAGCCCCACAGAGCUGUCUCAGAGCAGUGACAGUGAGGCCGGCGACCCUGGGAGCCAGAGCUGACAGCCCCGGUAUGCCUGAGCCUAUGCACCACCCACAGGACCCGUGGCACAUUCCUGGUGUGCCUGAGCCCGUGCACAGCCCACAGAACCCCGU